AUGACGUCUCCAGUUGACCAAGAGUUCGAGGCCGGCAUCCGCCUCAUUCGCGAGGCCUUCACGAAGAAACUCGGCAUGAAGGAACUCGAGCUCAUUCAGAUGCGGGGCGAGCUCAACCGAAAAGAGGUCGAGAUCAAGGAUCUCACGAAUCGCCUCCAGCAGCUCGAGACUCAGCUCUCAAAGUCAGAGAAGCGGAUGGCUGAAGUGUCGCGGGCGGUCCAAAAGCUCACAAUAUUCAAGCAGAGUGUGAUGCAGUCCUUUGGGGACGAUGACGACUUUCGAGGACUCAUCCAAACGGGGCUCGUCAGACCCAUCCCCCAAGUUCCCACCAACAUUGGAAUCACACAGCAGGAGAACCCGACCAGGCCAGUCUUCGAACGAGCCACAUAUGACAGCGACGCCACAAACCCAGCAGCGGGCUCGAUUCACCAGGGAUAUCUCCCGCUGAGCAGAAUGGACAGCUCGAUCGAAGCUAUGGGCAUGAAACCCAUGCAGGAUGGUAUUCCUCUGAAACAACAGAUAUCCAUGCAAAAGACCGAGCUAUCCACGGCCGAGCUUGAUAAAGCCGGACUCACGCAGCCCACCCAGCCAUCCAGCAGCACCGGGGCCUCGCCAGUGUCCAAGACAAACGAGCUGCUGUUGCAGCAAAUCCGAGCAGGCAGCGGGAACCCCAACUUGCCCGCCAUGAAUCUACCACGAGACCGGUCCGUGACCUUCAGUCCCAUGAUCCAGAAAGAAUCCGUUAUGGAGCCGGCACCAUCGACGGCAAUCUCCAUGUCGGCAUCGUCGCUGGGGGCACCAGCACCAACCAGUGGGACCAUGCUGGCCGACACAGCGAGCUCGUCGGGGUCGGGGCUCAUGUCGCCGAGCGGACAGUUCGUGGACGGACGUGAGUUCUUCAAGAAAGCCAGAGGCACUUUGUCUUAUGAUGAGUUCACGGGUCUGCUCAUGAAUGUCAAGGCCUACAACAACCGCGAACAGAGCCGCCAGAAGACGCUCGAGACAACCUCCGAUAUCAUCGAGCAGCGCCAUCCCGAGCUUUACAGCGAGUUUGUGCUUCUGCUCACCCGCUGACAGCCAUCGGUACCGUGUGCCGGAGCGGUACGGUGUUGAAUGCACAGAGUCGGGCAUUUUCCGCCAACACCCAUCCCAGAUCCACACGACAACCAGCCAUCUUGGUGCAGAUGUCGAUGCUCUGGUGCACGGUGCAUCUCAGAGCCGGAGUGCAAUGUCUUUGGACAUAUU